AUGCCUGAAGGAGGCUGUGCCACCAUUGACCUGACAAGAACUUCCAAGACCUACAGGUGCAGCUGGAAUUGCAUCUUCAACAUUGUUCUGAGCAGAAGGUACCCUGAGGAUGGGCCUGAUACCAUCCUGCAGGGACUGGAGGCGUCGGGAAAAGAGGAAACUCAGCUUGGGACCCUCACGUACGACGUGGCAAAAGAGGCCGUUCAGCCCUUCCCUCUGAAGAACACGCCGCUCCCCAGAGCUUUUCCUUACAUCAAAGUUCUUGUUACAAGCAACUGGGGAAACCCAACGCCCUCACUGUCCAGAACCAAUCUUUCCAGGCCAAACUCUACCAUCUUGAUUGAGAAGGCUCUGAAGAAAAGCUCCGAGGAAUACAGGAAGCUUGGGCCCCUCGUGGUGCCCCACACAGAAUCCCCCUGGAACCAGCAGCUCUGUGACAUCAGCGCCCCGGCCGAGGCUUUCCAGGCACUAUCAGCACUACGGCAUCAGACACAGCGCUGGGGGAGAAGCUGCGGGACCCGGCCCUUGGCUGAGCAGCACGGGCUGUCGCGCAUCGUGGGCGGCAGCGAUGCCUCCCCGGGAGCCUGGCCCUGGAUCGUCAGCAUCCAGCUUCCCGGGGCAGCGGGCAGCGGGCACAUCUGCGGAGGCUCCCUCAUCCAUCCCCGGUGGGUCCUGACCGCAGGACACUGCUUUGACAAGUACAGGAACGUCCCGACGUGGCGCAUGGUGAUCGGGGCCACCCGGCUGUCUGAGCUGGGCCCCGAGGCCCAAGUGCGCAAGAGCAAGCGGCUGCUGAUCCACGAGAGCUACCGCAAAGGCGCCUUGGAGAACGACAUCGCCCUGCUGGAGCUGGACGAGCCCGUGCAGUGCAGCGACUACGUGCAGCUGGCCUGUGUGACUCACUUCUCCGACGUGGUGGUGUCGCAGCUCACAGACUGCCGCGUCGCUGGCUGGGGCUACACCGCGGAAGGCUCUGCAGAAACAUCCGACGUGCUGCAGGAGGCCAAGGUGCGCCUCAUCAAUGUCAAGCUCUGCAACAGCAGCGAGUGGUACGGAGGGGCCGUGCGCAGCUACAACCUGUGUGCUGGCUACCCGCGGGGCAGCAUCGACACCUGCCAGGGUGACAGCGGGGGCCCGCUCGUCUGCAGAGCUCCACACGCCAACUUCUUCUGGCUCGUGGGCCUGACCAGCUGGGGGAAAGGCUGUGCCAGACCAAAGCAGCCUGGGGUCUACACCUCCACCCAGCACUUCUUCAACUGGGUCCAGUCACGGAUUCGCUCAGGAGGAAGUGCUGCGACACUCGCCCGGCCAAAGAGGCCAUCACAAGGCUCAGCCCUGUUCAUUGGCCUCUGCACCGGUGCUGCAGAAGUGCAGCAAUACCUGUGCACUGGAACCUUUGAAGUGGAGAGUUACUGA